GCAGCACCGGCAGGGGCACUCUGGACAGCUGGGUGAAGGCCCAUCCGGGCCAGCCUCCCACUGCAGCUGCCUUCUCGGGGCAGGCCUUCCUGCUUCACUUUCAGGUUUCUCCAAGUGCUUUCCUGCUCCUGUCUACUUCCCCAUUCCGCCAGCUUUCCAUCUUCUGCCUUCCCUUCCUGGGCUGGUAGCAGUGGGGUCCUGUGCCUGGUGGCCCCUCGGAGAUGUUUAGUGCUUGGGAUCGCCGGGACCCACCCCCUGAAGAGGGGGCUCCUGCAGGGCUCCAGGGCUUCACCGUGGACAAGACCUUCCUUUCUUCCCUCAAAGGCAUCCUGCUGGAAACCGAGCUGGCGCUGACCUUCAUCAUCUUCAUCUGCUUCACGGCCUCCAUCUCUGCCUACAUGGCUGCGGCGCUGCUUGAGUUCUUCAUUAUUCUCGCCUUCCUCUUCCUCUACGCCACCCAGUACUACAAGCGCUUCGAUCGACUGAACUGGCCCUGUCUGGACUUCCUCCGCUGUGUCAGUGCCAUCAUCAUCUUCCUGGUGGUCUCCUUUGCUGCUGUGACCUCCCGGGAUGGAGCUGCCAUUGCCGCUUUUGUUUUCGGCAUCAUCCUGGUGUCCGUCUUUGCCUACGAUGCAUUCAAGAUCUACCGGACUGAGCUGGUGCCCAGCGCCACCCAGGGGGACCAGCAGUGACCCCAGGAUUACCUAGCUCCCAGGCCUGGUCAGACAAAGGGGUCUGUGGGGUCCAGAGAUGACUCCUUUGGAUUCACUAGACCCCUGGCCCACCAACCCUGGCCCCAGGUCUACCGAGGUAGAGCCUGGCCUGAGAAGUCACUGGGAUGGUCUAAGAUCUGGCUCCUCAUGAAGCUCCACCCUGGAAGGAGAGUAUUAUGGACGUGGGGGAGGUAGGAGAAAGCUGGUCAUUCCAAAUUAAAAGAUUC